CUCAAUUCUACUGCCACCACCAGUCUCCCAUUUCAUCCCAAAGCCGCCAUCCCCGCUCGCCAGAGGGCUGCCACACAGACAAGAAACGCCCCGUGCCGAUUGGACCAGGACAGGCCGCCAGGGCUUACUCCCAGGAAGAGUGCCUACCUCACAUCCCUCUCCUCCUCUGCCUUGCCUUGGCUUUGCCUGCCUGCCUGCCUGCCUGCCUGCCUGCCUGCCUGCCUGCCUGCCUGCCUGCCUGGACUCUGUCGUGUCAUGCCAAUGCCCAUGUUGAUGGGGCCAGCCUGCCAAGCCAGGCCCGCAAUGCUCCUGCUGCCACUACUGCUGCUGCUAGAGCUGUCUUGUCUUGGUCACUGUCCGUACUAGACUAGACUAGCCCUCGUCCUGUUUGUCUAUCACGGCCGUCAAGCCUCCUCCUCACAUCCGACCUCUUCACUCUGCUCACCACAACACAAGUCGACCACGGAGACCCGGGCUUGGAUCAUGCUGAGCCGUGGGGGCACCCGACCCACAUCUCUCGAUACACCCCGACCAUACCAUACCGAGCAGCGAACAAGAUCCAAUUGCCACCGGCAGUCGUCUGUUCUGCCAAAACCACCACACUUGCGGCUCGGGCUGAGGCUCACCUCUCUCUGACCUCGACUUUCUACUGUUGCCACCAGCACGGCUGGCCACAGAGAGGCUCAUUUCGGCUUCGGCUUGCGCCAAUGCCAAUAAGGAUCCAGUGCGACGCCGACCCGUUUGUCCGCCUGUCUUGCCGAACCCACUUGAGAGCCUCGCCUAUGCCAAUCUGAAGUCGGAGAAGCCAGCCAAACCCAAUUGCGUCGGCCUCUGAUUCGCAAUCCGCUCCCCACCACGCCGAUCGUGACUCGAGAGUUGCAGAACAUCGCACCCGUGGUAGCGACUGCAUCGCACCUGCGGCCCGAGGGUGGAUACCGACGCAUUCGUCUGGAGCUUCUGGACAGUCUGGAGCCAGCCCGCCUUCUAGAAUAAUUGGCACUUCUCUUUCAACCUACGGUGGACGCCAGCUGGUCGCCUCCGCUCCAAUGCGCAUCCUUCACACCUCCGCGAAUGUGGCCCGGUCUGUCGAGCAUUCAUCCUCCCGGAAUGGAUGCCCGCCGCAUGUCUCCAGACGGUUCCUCUCGUCCACCUCCCCGGCCACGCCGGCCUUCGGCCUCACUUAGUUCUGUACCCUUGCAGCGAACAUUCGACCCGGCCUCUGGCGGAGCACCGGUACUAGGGGGCGUCCCACGCAGGACCUCUGCGGGCAAUCUUCGCAGCACGACCUAUCGCCCUGGGAACCCCACGGGCGCCCAAGCCACCGUGAGGGCCGUCACACCAGAGCCCACCGAAGACGGCGCACAAGAGCCCAUGGCCACAAACAACUACGGUGAACCCGUCACGCCCCUGCCAGGCACCGCCGUCAACACUCCCAUCGGCCCAACCUCGCCGCGAAGCUCCUCACCAAGGGCCAUACCGAAUGUGCCCGGCAGCGCCAUGUCCAGUUCCUCGAGUACUGCCCGACGGCAGGGUGUUGUCUUCAACGACCACUUCCCCAGCUCCCUCGACAGCGCCUCCUCGAGCCCACCCGCGAGACCCCAGAUCCGCCCUCGGGGCCACACACUAGAUAGCCCGUACCGUCAGCCCUCCGCCGCGCCAACGCCAGAGAGCUCAAGACAUAGGGUGGGGUCGGUGUCAUCUUCUGGCUCAAUGGGGUCGAUGCCGCCUCACGAGGACGCGUUGCGCGGGCCUUCCCUGCCACGGCACUCCCCAGCGAUCGAAUCCGCCGGGUAUCCUUCCGUCUAUCCUGCGCGACCCACUGAUCUGCAUAUCCAUACCGGGGUGACCACAAAGGAAAAGAAAGGGCUCACCCGCGCGAAGCUAAUGAAGCGAAUCUCCCGACCAACCUCCCCGAUGAUGUCGCCACCACCCUCUGUGGACUCGCUGCCUCUGCCCGUACCGACCGAUGAUGCGAACAAGGUCCUGCUCUUGAUGAAAACUCUGUGUGGGCGCAUGAGGGGAGAGGCUUCGUAUCAGAACGAGGCCAAUGGCCAAUGGCACUCGGGUUUGUGCUACAUAGAAGAGGAAAAGGGCAGUCUCAUGUUCGAUUCCGGAGAGCAUGGCCCGUUUCACACGUCCGUCAUCUCUGACUUGAGGGGCUGUCGAGUACUCCCUGUGCACAAACCAAGCCUAGAACGGCCGUGCCUUGAGAUCAUCAACUCCCACACCGGCGUGGAGGUGCUUUUGUGGCCUCACGCCGCAGAAGAAUUGGAUCUGUGGCUUGCUGCCCUGCUCUGCUGGCAGCAGGUCCGGCCGAGUGCGAUGCGAGUCAACAGCCAGUCAACCACACCAACGUCACAAUACAGACCCGAGUUGAUGCGAAGAGGAUCAUCGACCCCCUCGAACUCUGCCACAAUAAUCAAAGUUAGCAGAGUCUCGAUAUGGGACAAGGGUGCUGCUCAUUCACCUCGCGCGAUUGUCAAGAGGACCUCUACGCGGGACUUGCGGUCGCCACAGACGGGCUGGAGGAAAGUAUCGUGCAUCCUGUCUGACAACGGCGAGCUCAAGCUCAUCUCGGAGAACGAUGUCACGGUCCUCUGUAUCAUCUCCCUCUCCCAACUAUCACGAUGCGCCAUACAACAGCUGGACAAGUCAGUCUUGGACGAGGACUUCUGCAUAUCCAUCUUCCCAAUGUACUCCUCGACAUCUACUCAGCUCUCAAUUUUCAGGCCCGUGUACAUAUCCCUGGACCACAGGGUCUUAUUCGAGGUCUGGUUUGUUCUGCUACGCGCCUUCACAGUGCCCGAGAUUUAUGCUUUGGACACGGAAAACGACGACCAAGUUCUCGAGGUCACGGACUUCGACGCAGAUCUCCCUUUCCAGAUGUUCAGGGUAGAGAAGACGAUAAAUCUGCGCGUAAUAGAGGCAAAAGUAGGCGGACCUACCUCGCCUCACACGGCCUCGCGAGACCGACACGGCAGGAACCACGACGACGCCUUCGUGGGGAAUUAUUUUGCGGAGGUCAUGCUGGACGGUGAUGUCCGUGCCCGGACCAUCACAAAAACCGACACGCGAAAUCCAUUCUGGCGAGACGACUGUGAGUUCGCAGACCUGCCUGCGAACCUACCGUACCUUUCAGUCAUCCUGAAACGGAUCGAUGGAAACCUGGAAAGCAUGGCACACCAGCUACAGGCAUCAUUGGGCUUGCCGAGGACGGGGAAUCUGACGGAGGUUUCUUGCGGCUCCGUGGAUCUUCCAUUAACGCAGCUUGAACGAGGAAAGGAUCACGAGCAAUGGCUUCAGAUUUAUGAUGAGCGCCAACAGUCCAUCGGAACCAUGCUUUGUAAGGUUCGCCACGAGGAGGUCGUGGUAUUUUUGGCCAGGGACUACCAGCCACUGUCCGAGAUGCUUCACAAGUUCAGCUCCGGGCUGACUGCGCAGAUCUCGGAAGCUCUCCCAGGACAACUGCGACGCUUGGCAGAAAUCUUCCUGAAUGUCUUCCAAGUGUCGACUACUGCGAGCGAUUGGUUGAUGGCUCUGGUGGAAGACGAAAUCGACGGCAUCGGGCAGCAGUCUCAAAUGAGGAAGAUGAGAUUUAGCCGUCGUCUCAAAUCCAGCGAGAACCUGGAUGUCUCAAAUGCCUAUGAGCGAGAGGCGCUUCGCGACAUGGGCAAAUCCCUGGCUGGCGAGGCCAAUCUACUUUUCAGGGGCAAUUCUUUACUCACACAAGCCCUAGAGUUCCAUAUGAGACGUUUGGGAACUGAAUACAUCGAGGAGAUCCUGGGCGACAAGAUCUUUGAAAUCAACGAGAUCAAUCCAAACUGCGAGGUUGAUCCUGGGAAGUUACAACAAGGCGAAGAUAUCGGCCAGCAUUGGGACCAAUUGUUGCAGUUUACAAACGAAAUAUGGGACUGCAUCGCCAAAUCAGCCAACAGGUUCCCCCCAGAACUCCGACACAUCUUGAAGUACAUCCGCGCUGUUGCGGAAGACAGAUACGGUGACUUCCUCAGGACCGUGGCUUUCACCAGUGUCUCCGGCUUCCUCUUCCUGCGAUUUAUCUGCCCAGCCAUACUCAACCCGAAAUUGUUCGGACUGCUUCGGGACUACCCACGUCCCCGGGCCCAAAGAACACUGACUCUCAUCGCAAAGGCAUUGCAAGCGCUUGCGAAUCUUUCCAACAUUGGAAAGAAAGAAGUCUGGAUGGAUCCGAUGAACCGUUUCAUCAGUUCUCGCCGCCAGGCUCUCAAAGACUUCAUUGACGAGAUAUGCGCAAUACCAGCCGAACGCUCGAACUGCAUCUUGCCCGCGUCCUACUCGACCCCAAUCACCAUCCUAGGCCGCCUGUCACCUCUGGCUCGUGAGGGCUUCCCCUCCCUCCCAUAUCUGGUCGAUCAUGCACGCAGCUUUGCCCUUCUCGUCAGACUGUGGGUGGACAACCAGCCUCUUAGUGGUGACGCGGAGAACCAGUAUGAUGGCGAACUCCUCAAAUUCCACAGAUUAUGCGUUAGCCUCCAGCAACGAGCCGACCUCUGUAUGGCGCGCAUCGACAGUGUUCGCGCAGCGGACAUUGAGAAUUCAAGCCAACGCACAGACUCGGACGGCGCACUUGCUGAUGCCACAGAGCACGUAAACCUCGCUGAAUCGAUGAAUACGUCCCACAAAUCCGCUACAAGCACCUCUUGGAUGGACCGCGACCGCCCGCCUGGCUCAUCUGACGGUAGCUCGCUGGACGACACUCGAGGCCAAGGGCUGCGUUCUCACCGCUCAUCUGAGAGGUGGGCCAGUGGCCUACGGCAAGCUGUGGGCAGCGCUGGCGAGCUCUCGGACCGCAAGUAUCAGCAUGGUUCCAUGAAGUCCCUUCGGAGUGGGAAAAACGCGAGAAAGUUCCUAUCCGGUUUCCUUCGCAAGGUCGAUCGGACAGACAGUCCAGAAGCUUCGGGCUCAAGUGGAAGUCCUUCGGUAUCGCCAUGGCAGAAUGGAAGUGGUGAUAACAGCAUCGCUUCUGCGUACAAAUCAGGGUCUGGCUCGACAACACCGACAGGCACGUUAAAGGGCAGAGAUAAGGAAAAGGGGAGGAGCACCUUUGGCGGCCUUGCCGAGGCCUGGAAAGAAUUUGAUCCGUCCAGCAGGCAUUGAAAAAUGAUUUCACGACAGUCCGCAGACCGAAACCAUUGUGCUAUCAUUGAAAAGUCACUGCACCAACUUACCAUUCUUCUUCUACCCCCCAUCUUUUACCAUUACUACUACUAUUAUAACGAAAGUCAACGGCCGGGAAUGUGAUGGGAGUUCAAGGCGAGGCGCGAGAAGAUAAAAGAAGCCAGGAGGCAUUCUGAUGCGUACCACAGGGGCGGCCAUUCGUUACCAUUUCUAAAAGCAAUUACCACAUUCACGCCGCGUGUCGCCAUCCCCAGUCAUCUAUCCAUCAACCUGCCUCCGUUGUGGUGCCUUCGGCCGAAAGGGAGGCGGGCAAUGAGGCGCCCAGGAGUACAGUCUCUAUCCUCUUCCAACUUCUCUCCUUUUUUCUUCCUCAUGUUUUUGUCAUCGGGUCGGCCUCGAAAGCUCUUGAUUCACGAUACCUAUAUUGCAACUCCUUUUUUAUAUACACAUAUUCUGGUUUGAAUGAUAGAUUGGGGGUUUCUGUCUUGGAUAGAGAGAUACCACUAUCGCCAGCUUUUGAUGCUUAUUUCUUUCGAGCCUUGUCGUCGUAUCGGCAGUGACAGGACAUCUAGUUUCAUUUCCAAAAAAGAUUGUUCUCCACAACUGGACCAUGGAGCAACAAAAUGGGCUGUGGGGGUAGGAUUGGAAGAUGUGCAUGAAAAGGUUAGUCACUACAUGGCAGAUAGGAUCUUCUAGCGGUCAGGCAUCUAGCAGGAAGACUAUUCUAUGCCUGAGCUAAAACUACUCUAUAUACUUUUUAC